UCAGUCCCAAAUUAAUAUUUGCUAAGGAAAGAAGAAAAGUAAAGACUUCUUAAAGUGAAUUCGGAAAGAUGAUUCUUAUUUUUUUGAGUGUAUUGGCAAUUUUGGGUGGAACACUUGGUCAAAGAAAUCCUAAUCCUUGCGAAGGAGUCACAGGAACUGAUACAUUUGUAAAUGAUUAUACAUCUUGCGCAGAUUACUUUUGGUGCAACAAUGAUGUAGCUAUAAAUGCCGGCCCAUGCCCUGAUGGUUUUAUUUUCAAUGGAGAUAGUCAAACUUGUGUAUUUGGUGAUGUUUGUGAUGAAUGUCCAACUGAUGGAACCACUUUAGCAGUAGGACUUGCUGGUGACACAACUUGUACAUUUUGGCAAUGGUGUAGUGCUGGUGUAAGAAGCAAUGAUACUGAACAAUGCAACACACCAUUACUUUUCAAUAGAGGGCUAGGUUUAUGCGAUCUAGCUGAGAGUGUAAACUGUGUUACUGGUGGUCCUGGGGUAACUCCAUCGUGUCCUCCGACGGGAAUCGUUGAUAUUGAAGCACCACCAGGUUGUAAUACUUUCUUUGUUUGUAUUGAUGGAGAUAACGAUGGCAUUGUAAGAAAUUGUACUUCCGAUCUUCAUUUCAAUCCACAAAUUGGCAACUGUGAUCUUCCGGAAAAUCGUGUUCCACUGUGUGAAGAUCCUGCUGCAGCUUUCAGAUACGUUCCGACAGUGCUUGUUGAAUACUAAAUAUCUAUUUGUCAAAAAAAUUAAAGGAAGUGGAUGUUGGAACUUUCAUGAAAUAAACUUUUAUUAAAUAAAAUGUGUUAUCUAUCUUUCUCAAUCAUUAAAAUCACAAGACA